AUCGUUCUGGUAUCUUAGCGCUACGAUUCUACAUUGCUAGGCUUUUUCCUAGAAGACUAGUCGAGAGAUUAUUUACAAAGACAGAGAUACUAAGUGACAAAGUUUCAUUAUCGAGCGUCAGAAUAUAUAUCUGUCGCUGUUUGGUCUGGAGGGUGCUUAAAAUUCGGUUUUUCAAUUCGUCUGAGCUAGCAGGCCAUCUCGAAUCACAUAGAAUAUAUUAAAUUGUUAUUACGAAUGUGGCAAAGUGCCAGUCGAAAGAGCUGAGCUAUUGAAAAUAGAACUGUGGGAUGUUAUAAGUAGGAGAUGGGAGCGGCGAGAAAGAUUCUCUGAUCUUGUAAAAAAAAUUGACGUAAAAUGUUUUUCGCAAGACGAAAAUGGAAAUAGACGAAAAUCCUCCUAGGAAAAGUUCAUUAAUUGUCGCCAAGUCAAACGGCGAAGAUACUAAACAAGACGAUUCAGGGAUCUUGGAUACUACGAAGUUUAAAACGCUCGAGGAGCAAGUGAAAUUUUACGAGCGAAGAAUUAGGUCUUGUCACAAAGCAAAGCAGAAAGAAAAGGAAGGUGACGAGCUUUGUAAUUUAGGGAUUCUGUACUACAAGGCAGGUCGGCUUCAAGACGCAAGACAUUGUCACGAAAGACAUCUGAACAUUGCUAAAUCGAUUCGCAGUCCCAGGAGCGAGAAGAGAGCGUAUUGUAAUUUGGGCUGCACGUAUCGCAGAUUGGGGAAUCUCGACAGAGCGAUCGAAUGCUACGAAGAAGGACUCAAGCUCGCAAAGGAACUCGGCGACAGGACAGGCGAAGGAAAGCUUAUAAACAAUUUAGCUAACAUUUUUGAGCAGAAAGGAGACUUUGAUCAAGCUGUUUGUUACCAUCAGAGACGACUAAAGCUUGCAAAGGAGUUGAAUGAUUUAGAUGCAGAGAGCAAGUCGUGUGCGAGUAUUGGGAAUAUCCACCAUUUGCUUGGAAACAUCCGAGAAAGCAUUGCUUACUACGAAAGGCUCGUUGCAAGCUUGAAGUUCAAACUCGCUCAAAAAGAUAAAAAGGCAGCGAAGGUCGAGGCUAAUUGUAAUGGAGAAGAGAAAGACGACCACUUUGAAGACGAUUAUUCAUACCCUGGAGCCUCGACUCCAAACCGACGAAACAGCGACUCAAUCAGCGUGAAUAGCUCGAAAACCGAUCCUGGUAGUGUAGGCACGGAUCCUAAGUCGGGCACUUCAAAUGGAUAAAUCAAUGUUUUAUGUUCAGAGGAAGACUGGUAACGAGUACGUGCCUCAUGGAAUCAUGGGGCUGACUUAAAAGAAAAUUUUAGGGAAUAUAUUCAGAAAAACUCGUACGGUUUUUACGUAAUGUGAGGCAAACUUCAGUUGGUUUCCGACCUAAUAGUUAGCGGUGCCCUCUGAUAUAGAUCACCCCAUGUUUCAGGGUUUUUUCGGCUAUCUGACUUGCCGGUGACGAUAGUUGAGCCUGCAUUCAAAGAUACACCGCUGAUUACGUAAUAUAUCGUUACCAGUCUCCCUUUAAACUUUGGAACACUAGAAUCAUUAGACAAUUGACAACGGCGUGGUUGAUAACCUUUCUGCAAACAGUGGAUUGCUUUUUUUUCUGUACUAGUAAAAAGCACUCGUGUGAUCCUAUCUCGAGGUACCGCCAUCAUCUAACAAACCGAAUAAGCCGUGCACUUUUCGUUUACAGAAAAGAAAAUAAACUCAAACGCCGCGGAAAUAAAGCUAAGAGACACGGCUCGACUUUAGUUCAUUGGCAGGCAAUAAAACGACUUUAUGCUUCUGAAUAUCGAGGCAGCAGAUAAGAUCAGUUUCUUAUUGAUGCGUAAUAAAGUAACAUCAAAUAUGUGCCGAUAAAAAAACGUUCUUAGGUCGAAGCUUUUAAUAUAAGAUCAAAGAAAGAUAGCGCGGGUUCAAGGCGGCGGCGUAGACACAUUUUCUAUGCGCGCGCCGAUUUAGUAACCAUUGAGAUUUUUGGCCAGUACCUGGAGAGACUGUCUGGCGCAAACCGUAGAAAUCUGAAGGCCUGGGUACGAGAUGGUGCGCACGCAUGGUCUUCCACAUCCUGACAAGAAUCCUGCCCUCAAGUAGCCUUCAAGCGCAUUUGGCCGCCUUCAACCUCCAAUUUUCAAGAAGUACGCACCUAACCUGAGUUUCAGGCACAAGGGAGGGGAGGAGAGAGGAUAAAUAGCAUUGGAGUCAGGCCCUCCUUUCUCCCCUCCCCUAGGGAGUUUUUUYCCCCCGAGUGAAAUGAACCCUCAACUCAUUACGGGCCUUUUUUUWAAACAAAUUUUAUUUUAAAAUGGCGAACAUAGUAGUAGAGAUCUCGAGUAAAUGAUUGCUAAGUUCUUUUAAAAUGUCCUUACUAAGUAUCUCUAUAUGUACAUUGUCUGCUAAUAAGAAUUUUUAAGAUUUUAAGCUAUAUAUAGUAUAGUGCGUUAUUCAGCUAAAAUAUCCUAAACUACUGAAUUGUGAAUAAAAAUUGCAGCUCUAAGCUCUUCAAA